AUGCUGAGUGAACGGACAAAUGAAAAGACGAUCAACUGCUCCGUUCACGGACCCAUGAGCUUCUCCGUGGUCGCGAUGGCAAUUAUCGAUACGAUGGAGUUCCAGCGAUUGAGGGAGAUCUCUCAGCUUGGCAUAGCUGAGUUCGUUUUCCCGGGUGGCAGCCAGACGAGAUUCGAACACUCUCUGGGCACGUCGCACCUCGGGAAAACCUUCAUCUCAGCCAUCGCACGGAGACAGCCAGAGCUGGGAAUUUCGACCCGUGAGCUGCUAUGCGUUGAGCUCGCAGGUCUAUGUCACGACCUGGGGCACGGUCCCUUCUCACAUCUUUGGGAACAGUUCUACGAGCGUUGUUGCGCACACAACGGGGUGCCAUCGGAGUGGCACCACGAACAUACAUCCGUGACAAUCCUCCGGUAUCUUCUGGAGAAGAAUCGGAUCCUCGAACGUUUCCCCAACGAGAUCAACUACGAGGAUGUGCGCAUGAUCGAGCAUAUGAUUCUCGGCGAGCCGCUCGUGGAUUCCCGCCGGCGUUUCCUUUACCAGAUCAUCAACAAUCCGGACUCCGGCCUCGACGUAGACAAAUGGGAUUAUUUUUACCGAGACGCGCAGAACCUAGGGGUCAAGAUCGACUUUGAAUACAAGCACAUACUCCGGGAAAUUGCCGUUCUGGAGCACGACGGUCAGCUGCAAGUUUGCUUCCGCGACAAGAGCUACGAGCUCAUAUUCGACGCAUUCGAUAAUCGCAUGAAGCUCCACAAAAAAGCCUAUCAGCAUCCGAAGAGCAGGAUAAUAGAAGAGAUGAUCAUCGAGUCUCUCAUUCAAUGGGAACGGAGCGGCCGCGAAAGUUUCUGGAAUACCACCAGGGCCAUCGCUUGCGCCGAGCCGACCCCGGAAAGCUUGGAAAAUUUCGUCCAGCUCACAGAGCUCAAAGUCCGGCUCGCUCUGAAAACCAUUCCGCUCUAUCGAGCGAUCCUUGCGCGGUCGACAGAUCCUCUCAUGUACAAAUACGCCGGGACAGUCAAUCACGAGGAACUCAUUCGAGAACGUUUCGAUGAAAUCCUCCACCGGUACGGAAUCUCGUUCUCUGAGGUUGCGGUGUUGAAAGUUAAUGUCCAUAUGGGUAAGCAUAGUCACAAUCCUAUGGAUUUCGUUCUGUUCUUCAAGAAAGGAUCGAAGCAAGCUGAGAAACUACGAUCUCCUGACGGGAUUCGGGUCACUGAGAAGGCAUUGGUUGUUGCGCUGCGCGAACACGACCCGGAGAAGCUCAUUAGGCUCAGAAGUUGUAUCGACGAAUAUUGUAUCAGAUUUACGGCUCGGAACGAGUAUUGAGGAGAAACUGCGUUCCUUGUGAUAUUCCCAAAUUCAUUAUAUAUGUUAAUCGUUUAAUAUAAUCUACCGUGAGAAAC